GGGGACGUCAUCAGCUCGCGCCGCUCUGAGCCGGGCUGUUUCCGCCCGCUGCUGCGGGAGCGGGCGUCGUGCGUGCUGCGCUGCGAGACCGGCUGGGGCCGCGGGGAGCAGAGGACUCAUAGCUGGCUAGGCCUGUCCCGUCUUAACCCGUCCUAUCCCUGCCGUUAUGUCGGAGAGCGCGGAAGGUCCUGCGGGGGGUAGCAACCCCCCAAGCUGCCCCACCCAGGGCGCUGCCGCUUCCACCGAGCCGCGGAUCAUCAAAGUCACGGUGAAGACUCCCAAAGAGAAGGAAGAGUUUGCUGUGUCUGAAACCAGCAGUAUCCGGCAGUUCAAGGAAGAAAUCUCUAAGCGCUUCAAGUCCCAUACUGAUCAGCUUGUGUUGAUAUUUGCUGGAAAGAUUUUAAAAGAUCAAGAUACCUUGACACAGCAUGGAAUUCAUGAUGGACUCACUGUUCACCUGGUUAUCAAAACACAAAACAGAUCACAGGAUCAUCCAGCGCAACAAGCAAACAGCACUGGGACUACUGCUACCACAUCUUCAUCAAGCAGUAGUACCUCAUCACCAUCUUCAACAACUAGUAACCCUUUUAGCUUGGGUGGUAUUGGUGGUUUGGCAGGUCUGAAUAGCCUGGGCUUAAGUACAUCAAACUUCUCAGAGUUACAGAGUCAGAUGCAACGGCAACUUAUGUCCAACCCAGAAAUGAUGGUUCAGAUAAUGGAAAAUCCAUUUGUUCAGAGCAUGCUUUCAAAUCCUGACUUGAUGAGGCAGUUAAUUAUGGCUAAUCCUCAAAUGCAGCAACUGAUACAAAGAAAUCCAGAAAUCAGUCACAUGCUGAAUAAUCCAGAUAUAAUGAGACAGACACUAGAACUUGCUAGAAACCCUGCAAUGAUGCAGGAAAUGAUGCGAAACCAAGACCGAGCCUUGAGCAACCUUGAAAGUAUACCUGGGGGAUACAAUGCCUUACGACGUAUGUACACGGAUAUUCAGGAGCCAAUGUUGAAUGCAGCGCAGGAGCAGUUUGGAGGUAACCCAUUUGCUUCUUUAGUAAGCAAUGCAUCAACAGGAGGAGACAGUCAGCCGUCUCGUACAGAAAACAGAGAUCCUCUACCAAAUCCCUGGGCUCCUCAAUCCAGCUCACAGACAUCCACAACAAAUACAAGCUCCAGUAGUGAGAGCGGUGGCAGUAGUAGUGCUGGAAACAGCACCUCUGGGAGUACAGGACAGAGCACAGCUGUACCAAAUUUGGGACCUGGACUAGGAGCUGGUAUGUUCAACACACCAGGAAUGCAGAGCUUACUACAGCAGAUAGCAGAAAAUCCACAACUGAUGCAGAAUAUGUUGUCUGCACCCUAUAUGAGGAGCAUGAUGCAGUCAUUAAGCCAGAAUCCUGAUCUUGCAGUACAGAUGAUGUUGAAUAAUCCUUUAUUUGCUGGAAAUCCUCAACUUCAGGAGCAAAUGAGACAACAACUUCCAACUUUUCUUCAGCAAAUGCAGAAUCCUGACACGUUAUCAGCUAUGUCAAACCCUAGAGCAAUGCAGGCUUUGCUGCAGAUUCAGCAGGGCUUGCAGACACUAGCAACAGAAGCACCAGGGCUUAUACCAGGGCUUAAUCCUGGUGUAGGUGGACUAGGAAGCACUGGGGCUCCUGCAGGGUCCACUGUACCUAGUUCUGUUCCCAGUGAGAAUACAAGUCCAGCAUCAGGAACUGCUGAAUCUGGUCACCAGCAAUUUGUCCAGCAAAUGUUGCAAGCACUUGCUGGUGCAAAUGCUUCGCAGUUACAGAAUCCAGAAGUUCGGUUUCAGCAACAACUGGAGCAGCUGAGUGCCAUGGGCUUUCUGAACCGUGAAGCAAACUUACAAGCACUAAUAGCAACAGGAGGAGACAUCAAUGCAGCUAUUGAAAGGCUGCUCGGCUCUCAGCCUUCAUAGCAGUGUUUCUUUAACGUGAAAAAGUGUAAUUUAUUUUUGAUAACAGCCCUUAAAUCUUUAAAAUACUUGCUUUAUUUCAUUCUGACUCUUGCAAUUGUCUUGUUAUAACUAAAAUUGGUCUGACACAUUUUAAGCUGGAGUGCAGUAGUUUUCUUAAAACAGUGGGAAUCAAUGCGUUUUCACUGUGCAUGCAUCACAUUUCUUCUGUUCUGCAUUAUUUGUAAUUUUUGGGGAAAAAACAACACCAACUGGGUGAGCAGCUUUUGUCUGACCUACAUCUGUCCAAUUCAUUUACUACUUAAACAUUAGCCUUUGGUAGUAAUACAUGUAGAAUACAAAUUAAAAUUGAAACAAUUGAAGCUACAAUUUGUGGGUACCAACACUGCUUAUUGUGAUUUUGGCAUGUUUUUUUUUUUCUGCUAGCAAAAUGAUUUAAGAUUUAUACCACUUUGAGUAAUCUACCAAUUUUUGCUUUAAUUUGUAUAAAGUAUAAACAAAAUAUAUAUAAUGGAGAUAGAUAAUUUCUAGAGAUUGACACAUUGCAAUAGAAUGAGAUUAAAACUACAGGGGAUAAAACCAUAAAACAAGUUAAAACUUGUUUUUGGUGUAGAAUAUUUCAGCAUCUUAAGUAACCAUCUCAGCAAAAAUGCUUAAGCAAAUUAAUUCAACCAGCACAGCAGUUCUAGUAUAUUUUAUCUCUUUACAUCUAACUGUACAGGAAACUGCAUUGUUACAUUGUCUCAAUAUUCACAAAUAUUAACUGUAAACUACCUUUAUAAUUAAUGCAGGUUAAAGGGGCAUUGUCCAGUGCUCUGGAGCUGCUUCUAAAGCUUUUUGGCUUGUUCAUUGAAGUUCUGACAUGUAUUCUGAUUUGUAAUUGGAAAGAUUACUUCUAUGGUCAUGUGAUAUUCUAAUUACAUUUAGCCACCAUGUAAAAAUUCUGUAUAUCUUUUGAGUUUUUAUUGGUAGUUACUUCUCUUGUGCACAGGUAAUAAAUAAAUUAAAUCUUUAAGCAUCCCUUGACUCAGUGUGUUUACAGUUCACGAUUAUCUAGAGUGCAGAAUGACUGACCAGUUUAAGGGCUGGCAUUUCAAUGUAAACUCUGGGUAUAUUCACCAGUUCUGGGCUAAGAAUAUCAAACAAGCCUUGAAUAUGAGGAGGGAGGGAAGAGUUGUAUGAUACAGAAGUCUACUAGCUUAAAGUGGAGGUGGCAAAAUAAAGGAUGUUACUGUGUGUUAGUGAUAGCACCUGUGUUUUAUUGGUCUUCUGCCUCAGUGUAGUUGUGGAUGUGCUCACUGAAUUCCUGUAACGCUUGUAAAUACUUGAACACUCUUUGUUUUGAUGGUACAAGUAUAAAUUCAGUUUGUUUUAAAGGUCAUUGCUUGCAAGUGGUUUAAACCUUUUAACUCAAGGUUGUUAAUCAGUUUGAUGCAAAAUUACAAAAAAUGAUACACUUAAGUGUGCUCAACUUCCUUCUUUAUAUAUCGACACUUAAACUUGGCAAAGCCAUGUACACUAUGUCAUUAUCAGUAACUGGAUUGUUAUUCUUUGGCACGCUCGCAGGCCAACAGAAACUGAGCAGGCUUUUCCUGCAGAAGGGAAAGGGCCAACUACACCUGCAAGCUCUGGUGGCUUUAGCAUUGUAAAGUUCAGGUAUGUGGCACUGUGGCAGAUGCUUAAGAAACAGUGAAUUGCUGUAUUCUGUCAAGCUGAUUAAUUGCACAGGUCUGGUUUUGUGCUGGGGAGAAUAAAUAAAAUGUCAUCUCUAAAAA